AUGACGCCGGUGCCAGAUUCGGAUGGCAGUAGCAACCACAUCCCUGAUGACAUAAUCUUCUUCCAAAUUCUCGUGCUGCUUCCUGUCAAGUGCCUUGUGCGCUUCCAGUCCGUAUGCAAGAGUUGGCGUGCCACUAUACUCAACACUCAAUUUAUCCGCUACCACCUGGAGCAUUUCAGGACUAGAUUGUCAAUGGUUGUCAUGCCCCGAAGGUACGAGGAGGACCAUAAAAAGUUUGGCCUUGAGGGUGUCACUUUCUACAGUUUUCAGCCUGGGCAAAGCAAGGUUGCCGAGCUCAUCCUAGAUAAGAGGUGUCCAAGAGGGAUGCCAGUGUUCAGCAUGCCUCUGUAUUGUGAUGGACUUAUUUUGAUCCCUUGCACGACAGGACGGAUGUUUCUGUGUAACCCGGCAACCAGAGAGUUUGUUGAAUUGCCACGAGGAAGUCGUAAUGUCGCCGGGGACCAUAGGGUCGCCUUUGGUCUCGACCCUUGUACUGGCAAGUAUAAGGUUGCUAGGCACUUCUUCCGCUCCUACUCCGAAACGUUACAGGCAGAUGGAGAAGGCACAGUUCUAGAAUACAGUGCUGGGCAUGAGAUCUUGACCAUCGAUGAUGGACUAGAUGCUUGGAAAUGGAAGGCAACCAUAGACCCACCUUAUGCUAUCAAUGCCAGGACUCCAAUUUGUCUUCCUGGGUUCUUCUAUUGGAGUGCUCUCCGCUCCAUCACCGGCCAUGGAAUUAACAAGGUCAGUUCACAUGUCAUCCUUCGGUUUAGCUUGCACGAUGAAACGUUCACCGUGCAUCCCAACCCACCAUGUCGUAGUUUUCUAAGCAACAAUGACACACUGUGCGAGCUUGGUGGUCUGUGA